UCUCAACGCCACCACUUUAUCAUCCAUUACACUCUGAUGAUCAACAAACUCCAAUGCUGUCCUGUUCACACUACCACCCUACCCUCCACCACCACCACCACCAUUACAACCACCGCAAGACCCAUCAUUCCACCGCCACCUUCCUCAUCUUCGCCUCCACUCCCUCAAAUGACCCAAUCAUCCGCACCCACAACUCAAAGACAUCAGCUUUCCUACUCCACACCCUAAACCAACACAAACCCCAGCUCCAAAACGAACCCCAUUCACCCCAAAAACAAGAACAAAAAAUUCAAGAAGCUAUAACCCAAGAAGAAAAAGUUAAGCUUUUAGAACUAACCCUUGUCACUAAAAAACGCAUCCCUCAAUUCCCAGGUUCUAAUUUUCCUCAGUUUCCUGCUCAAAAGGUGUCACCUUUGGACACCCUUUUUGAUAAAGAUGGUUAUGAUGAUGAAGAGGAAAUGAUAGUGAAGGCUGUUGAGAUUAGGAGGAAGGUUACUGCUGAGAUUUUUAAACAAGUUAUGAUGAAAAAGGGGAAGUUUGGGAUUACUUAUUCUACUAAUUUGGCUGAUAGGUUGAGUGAUUUUAUUGAUUUUGUUAUGAUAAAGGCUGCUGCUUUGAAGAAAUUGCAUGAGUUUGAGGGUUUGAGCUUUAAUGCUAGAGCUAAGUAUGUUAUUGAGGAGUUGGAUGUUGUGCCACUUAUCAGGUGGCUGAAACACAAUGGAUUGUCAUAUCCUAGGAUUGCUAAGCUCAUUCGUGCAGCAGGAGGAGAUGUUGAGUCCAUCCGACGCUUAGCCGAUUGGUUGAAGUCAAUUCAUGUGAGGGGGGAGUUUAUUGGAGUUGUUCUUACAAAAGCAGGAGAUAACAUUUUAGAGCGCGGAAAUAAAGAACUAGUUGAAAUUGUUGAGUGUUUAGAGAGCAAUGGAGUGAGGAGGGAUUGGAUGGGAUAUGUGAUGAGUCGUUGUCCUAAAUUGUUGUCAUAUAGCCUGGAACACGUGGAAACUCGAGUUAAGUUCUACAUGGAUAUGGGAAUGAAUAAGACGGAUUUUGGGACAAUGGUCUUUGAUUGUCCUAAGGCACUUGGCCACUUUACUCUGGAAGAGAUGAACCAAAAGGUCGAUUAUCUUAAGGCGUUUGGCCUCAACAAUGAAGAUGUUGGAAAAUUACUAGCAUUUAAGCCAGAAUUGAUGUGUUGUAGCAUUGAGGAAAGAUGGAAGCCUCUUGUUAAGUAUUUUUACUACCUUGGUAUUUCCCGAGAUGAUAUGAAGAGAAUACUCACCAUUAAACCAAUUGUUUUCUGUGUUGAUCUGGAACAAACUAUAUUGCCAAAGGUGCGAUUUUUUAAGGACGUAGGUGUUAGAGAAGAUGCUAUUGGCAACAUGCUUGCAAAAUUUCCUACAUUGUUAACGUACAGCCUGUACAAGAAAAUCCGGCCAGUGGUCAUAUUCUUGAUGACGAAGGCUGGAGUCAGUCGAAGAGAUAUUGGGAAAGUGAUAGCUUUGGGGCCACAACUUUUGGGAUGCAGCAUAACACACAAGCUUGAUAUCAGCGUCAAAUACUAUUUGUCGCUGGGCAUAAAUAUUCGUCAGUUGGGUGAGAUGAUUGCUGAUUUUCCUAUGCUCCUUCGUUACAAUAUUGAUCUCCUACGGCCAAAAUAUCGUUACUUGAGGCGAACCAUGAUCCGACCAUUACGUGAUCUCAUCGAGUUUCCUAGGUUCUUCAGCUAUUCUCUCGAGGGACGAAUAAUUCCAAGGCACAAAGUUAUAGUAGAGAAUGGGAUCAAUUUUAAACUACGCUACAUGUUGGGCACAAGUGAUGUCGAAUUUCAAAAGAUGGUCGAAGCUGCCGUUGAAAGGCGCCGAAGAUUUGAAUCUGGUUUGAUCAAUGUCACUGAAUCUAAUUCACAUUCACAAAUAGUUGAUUCUUCAUGUCUCGAACUUGAUACUCGAUUUAAUCCUCAAGUCGCUGAUGAUGCUUCAGGAGAAGGUGUGGAUCAUUUUUCGGAUACAGAGGAAAAUGUCGAUCAUUGUUCGGAUACAGAGAGUUCUGAUCAUUUUUUGGGUACUUAACUUAAUUAUAUACCUUAUCACAAAUGAUUCUAGAAAAAAAUUCAACUGCUUCCUGUUUAUAUGUAAAUCCCAAUGGUUUUUAAUGCAUAUAUCUUUAUGCUAGUUCAUCAGAGAGAAAAAAAUGAGUAGGAAAUUAAAUGAAAGAAAUUAAACAUUAUAGGACUGUCAAUGGUUUAGUUGAACAAACUGGUCUAACCAGCAUUCACUGGUUUAUCAUGCUCAUUGUACAAAAUCCAGAAAAGCUGUACAAUUAUUAAUUUAAAGACCAUUAUGAUCAAUGUAUUAAUAUACAAAAUCUCAAUUUGCUCUUA